AUGGGUAGCUAUGACUGCUCUGACCCGAAACUAACAAUUUUCUUCGCUGUCAAUAGUUUGAUGAUGUCCGGAAUGAUGGCCUCCAAUACCUCCUUCUACGUCGUGACCGGCGCCGAAAUUCACUGGCGACAAGCCACAUCCUUCCAUGCCGACGCCGCCGCGAUGCGGACCCUCCUGACGGGAUUGGCCGGUUUCCUGAUUGUGGAAGGUAUUCUAUUGACGGUGAAUUGGUUUGUGGCAGGAUUCAUUCAUCGGGUGACGGGUGGAAUCUUGCACGUGUUGGCCUGGCCGAUCCGUGCUUUGGUGGAGCGCCUGCGACCCUGUUUUCAUCGCGUCUACGGUAGUGUCCGGCGGCAGCCCCUUCCGGACCCGGAGACUUACGAGCAGAUUGCGGUCGAUGAUUACCUGGACGAUAAGAGUGAUGAUGGAGAAUCGGACCAUCUGUUGCACACCGGGACCGCGACCGGAAGCACGGCCCCAACGGAGCGCAGGCGGACGGAUACCCCCAUGCGUCGAUUUGUCGUGUUGGGUUUGUUCGCCUUGUUCCUGCUCCUCCGUUUCCUUCGUCCGUGGGCGCCGGCGUACUUGUAUCUCUCAGGCACCCUGCCGUUGACACCGUUCUUUGAGGGUGGACACCGGAAGUCUCCCGUCGACACGACGGCCUUGCCGGGGGAUUAUGGCUGGCUGGAAGAGCGGUCAUCCUUGCACCCCGCACCGGGUUGGGACUGGAUGCCGCAGAAGGGGCUCCCCGGAUUCUCUGAUUGGGAUAAGACCGACCGUUUCGCCUUGCACUACACGCCGAGUAUGGACCCAUUGCACAUCUCCAACCGGGAUAACCCUGUCCUCGAUUCCAUCCGUCCCGUGCUGGAGGACAACAGUGUUAAGAUCAAACAUGUUAUUAUGCUAAAACUUGAGAGUACUCGAGGCGAUGUCUUCCCCUUGAAGAAGGACUCGUUCAUGUGGAAUCGCAUUGCGGAAUCCCACAAGGAUAAGCAGAUCCCACCCGAGAUCCAGGACCGUCUCUCCAACCUGACUCGCACUGCCGAGUGGCUGACCGGUUUUGAUGCCGGAUUCGAGCAUACCGAUUCGCUCCACGCCGAUCGCAAAGCGUACGGUGGCAUUAGCGCGCGGAACGCUCACACGACUGGUACCUACACGCUGAAGAGUCUAGUGGGUACGCUGUGUGGCGUGACGCCUCUGGUAACCGACUUCAACCGCGAAUACAAGCAUCAUAUAUAUCAGCCGUGUCUGCCUCACGUGUUUAAUGCGUUGAGCCAGCAACACGAUAUCACCAACCAGACUGAUGACUUUACUGCGUGGCCGUGGCACUCCGUGUGGAUGCAGUCGGUGACGGAAACCUACGACAACCAGGAUAAGUUGACCCCGGCUCUGGGCUACCACGACAAGAUCACCAAGGAGACGCUGGAGGAACCCAGCUCAAAGCACUUCCCGGUCAAGUCGGAGGAGAUCAACUACUAUGGCUAUGCGGAUACCGAACUACGGGAUUACAUUCGCGAUGCGAUUGAUGAUGCGGAGGCUAGCCACACCCGCCUCUUCCUCACCCACCUGACCGGUACCACGCAUCAUCCAUGGGGAAUGCCACAUGAUGAGUACGAGGAGUUCAUGGGAUCGUCGUGGACCGGACACAACAAUGACGUUAACCGCUACCUGAAUACAAUUGGAUUCGGCGACAACUGGAUCGCUGAGAUUAUUAGCAUUCUGGAGGAGAAGGGCAUUGCGGAUGAGACGUUGAUUGUCAUGGCCGGUGAUCACGGUCUGUCGCUGCCGAACGACGGCGGCGUCACGCCCUACGACAACCCGCAUGUCGGCAGUUUCCACGUUCCCAUUGUGCUUGCGCAUCCGAAACUGCCUCCGGUCGAGGUUUCUACCCCUGUGAACAGUAAUCAGAUUGUGCCGACCAUUUUGGACUUGCUGAUUGAGUCGCGGUCGUUGAGCGAAGGCAGCGGCCGUGCGGCGCGCGACAUCCUAUCCCUGUAUGAAGGGCAGUCCAUGCUCCGCCCCUUGGUUCAAGAAGAGGACGGAAAACAGAACUGGCAGUUCACCGUCAUGAACACUGGCGGUACUUGGCUCGCGGUGCGCUCGGCGGCGCGACCGGCGUUCCGUUUGGUCAUUCCAUUGGUUGACGAUCUGGAAUGGCGAUUCACCGACCUGGAGAAGGAUCCGAUCGAACUCAAACCCAUCAAACACUUCAGUCUCAUGGAUAUGGCCAACGAACUUGACCAGAAGUACGGACAGGACGUCGUGGACUGGCUUCGCGAUGCCGCACAUGUCACUGAGUGGUGGGUGCUCGAUAAUUGGCACCGCUAUCGGUACAUUCCGCAGAUCAAGAUCUCGAAAGACGGCAAAAUUUCCAAGGGCAAGGACUCGGGUGACAAGGGCUCAGACGACAAGGACUCCGAUGAUACGGAUUCUGACGACUCCGAGGACUCGAAGCGUUGA